AACGUCGGUAAGUCAGGACGUUUUCUCGCGGUCUCUGAUGCGUGUUAUUAUCCAUUUUCCGGAGUGUAAGUGUGUAUUGUUGUGUUGAAUGAAGAAUGCAGUCAAAGAUUGUUGUUUGAAUACGAUUUAAUCAUGCUACGAUGCGGAAUACGCCAAAGGUCAAAUGAGCCAUAUCUUGACGUCUUAGAUUCGAUUCCUCAAACGUUAAUCGCGGUUUAAACUAACAAUAAGUUCAGCCUAUCUCUCUCCAAACUAUACAGAAAAAAAAUGAACGCCGUUGUAUGAAGUGAUUUGAGUGUCGCGCAGCCUUAAUGGACAAUGCAAUGUCACCACGAAUGCAGAGCAACGAAGCUGGUGGACAUUCUGCAGGCGUCCAGCAGUCGGGUUCGAAGAUAAUAAGAAGAAAGCAUGUCGUCGUUGGCGAUCAUCUUCAUCAUCGCGCUAGCCUCGUCCUUGGGUUCAAGAACAUCGGCAGCACCGGUCGACGAAACUUCGCACGAUCAGAACCAGCUGAAGUCAAGGGAUGACGAAGUGAGCGCUUCACCGUUAACCGAAGCGCCGAUAAGCUCGAUGAAAGACGAGGUCGAAAUAAACGACUAUCAGGAAAACUACUCCAGGGUGAAUUCAGACGACGAAGAGACUCGCGAUCCGAGGCCAGAAAAUUCCUCUGACGUGGUGGAAGAGGAGGAUGAUCAGGACUACAAGAAAGACAAGAAGUCGAAGUCGAAGUCGAAGGGCAGGAAGCACAAGGCUCUCUUCAUCGACUAUCCGUUCGUCCCGCAGCUGUCCGCGGUGCCGAGUUACGACGCCUACGACGAACUUCAAGAGACCGAGGGACGGACCCCGGCUGGUGGUGGGGGAAACGGGGCCUUGAGGAAGGGCUUCCAGGAGAGCAACAUCUACUACAUUCGGCUGCCCCCCACCCCCUACAUCUUCGUUCCGGGCCUCGGCUACGUUUCUCAGCCCCCGACCUACUCCACCGGGCAUCGAAUGAGGCCCCAAAUCGGGCACGUAAGGCCCCAGCUAGAUCCCUACAGACCGCACCACCCUCAGCCGAUCUAUAACUCGCCCCUGAACGAGAUCAACCCCUUCAUUAAUCUGCCGGUGGAUUUCGUCAGCAACGGGAAACCAACCGGUGUUUAUCAGUGGCAGUCCGGGACCUAUCAGCCCCCGAAACGGCCCGAAACCCACAUCGCCACCCUCGACAAGGGGCCCUACUUUUUCAACGGAAGGCCCCACAGUAUUUAUCUUCUCAGGCCCGAUGCUAGACCGCCGGUUCAUCAGGCUAUUCAGUUCCCUGAUUAUCAGGACACCAAUUUGUAUUACUGAGACGAAGUUGCGCGAUGUGUUUACACCAUGGGAGUGUCGACGGAGAGGGUGAAAAUUGAUAUGUUGAACACGGGAAAGGGAGAGAUUUAAGG